CUGCGUGCCAGGUGCGGGAUAAAGUGGGACUCAUCAGCAAUAUGGCUGGCAGUAUAAAUUUGAGAGCGUUAGGAUGUCUUUCUCUUGGAAGAAAAUUUUUGUCUUAGUCGUUUUCUUUAUUAAAAUUAUUAGACUUGACAAAAAGGCUUGCAGUUUUGUAUGACUGUUGCCAACUUUUACUUACUUUGAACUCGGGAAAUGCAGUUGUCAACAUCUGGUUGCAUCUGGAUUGCAGUUUGCAUCCACCUAUAACAUCACCCUGUGAUCAUUAAUACAUCUGUGAUAUAGAAAAUAAGGCCUUUAUCAUGACAUCCCGGCUGGACCGUUUAUUUGUCCUGCUUGAAAGUGGAUCGUCAGCAGUGACUCGCAAAGCUGCAGCUUGUCAGUUAGGCGAAGUUCAGAGGUUACAUCCUCAUGAAUUGCACAAUUUGCUUGGUAGAAUACUCACAUACUUGCACAGUCAGAACUGGGACACAAGAAUAGCUGCAGGACAGGCCGUACAAGCAAUACUUAGCAAUGUACCAGAGUGGGAUCCGCCUGGUGCUUUUAAAACUGAGGAGGGCGAAACCUCCACAUCAAACUCUGUCUUUCAAACCGGACGUCUUACAUUUGAAAAGUUUGAUGUAAACCAGAUUAUGGCUAACAGUGCACAUCUGCUGGGUUCAGAGGGAAAAGAAUACAACAUGGAUGAAUCCCUCGCUGGUUUUGAUACCAAAGAAUGUUUAGCUAGACAACGUCAGCAAGUCAAUGCUCAAUUAGGGUUGGAUACUAUGGCAGUUCUUGGAGUGGACACAAGUGACAUUGUGUCAGAGGAAGAUAUUGCCUGUGCAUCAAGUUCUACAAUAAAAUUAGAAAGCAAAAAAAGCAUAUCUGAAAUGCUGACUCAAAGACAAGGAUCAAAUAUUGCCGACAAUAUCAGGAUACGUAGAUUGUCUCGUGUUAACUCUAAACAACACUCACCCAGUGAUAAUAUUGGUGAACCAGAUAACAAGCGAAUCAAACUGGAGGAUGGUGUAGCUGUAUCUGUGAAGUCAGAAGAUACACCUCCCUUACUUGGAGAAAGUGUACCUGAUGGCACUGGCAGUUGGGGGGAUGCAAUGGAGUGGCCAUUUGAGUUCUUCUGUGACCAGUUAUGUGAAGAUCUAUUCAGUUCAAGUUGGGAAAUUCGUCAUGGAGCAGCAACAGCUUUGCGAGAGUUCAUUAAAGUUCACGGCCCAGGUGGUGGGAAAACUGCCAAUGCUACAAAACUUGAGAUGGAAACUUUACAUCAGCAAUGGCUUGAGGACAUAGCCUUGCGCCUUUUGUGUGUUCUGGGAUUAGACAGAUUUGGUGAUUUUGUCUCAGAUCAAGUUACAGCCCCAGUUAGGGAAACGUGUGCUCAGGCUCUAGGUAUGGUGUUACAAAUAAUGCCAUCUCAGAGUGUGCACAAAGCUCUUCAAGUUUUACUCCAACUUCAGAAACAUCAAGAAUGGGAGGCAAGACAUGGAGGACUACUAGGAUUAAAAUACCUGCUUGCAGUACGAGAGGACUUGGUUAGAGAAUUACUUCCUCUAGCUUAUCCUCAUAUUGUGCAAGGGUUGGCAGAUUCUGUUGAUGAUGUUGGAGCUGUGGCUGCUUCAGCUCUUAUCCCUGUUGCAGACACUAUUGUAAACCUUAUGGGUAGUGAGGUAGACCAAACAAUUCAACAGUUAUGGGAUUUACUUGAGGAACAAGAUGAACUUGCCGCUGCUUGUAAUAGUUUUAUGGGGCUAUUAGCAGCUCUGCUCAGUGUCCCACAAUGUCAAACUUUGCUCAGACCUCAACCUCUAUCAGUUGUUGUUCCUCGUCUUUGGCCAUUUCUUGCUCAUAGUACGUCAUCUGUAAGAUGUGCAACUCUUCAGACACUUUUUACCCUCACUGGGUCUCAAAAUAUUGAGUGGACUCAAGAACUCCUUCAGGAAGCCUUGCGUCAUGUUUUUCAGAUGGUUCUUUUAGAGCCGGUCCGAGAGAUACAACUUCUGGCAGAAAAAGUGUGGAAUAACUUAUUACGAAGUGCUCCCUUGGCCCAACUUCUUAUGGCAGCCUGUCCCUAUGUUACAACCUGGUUGUGCCUGACUAUGCAGCCAGCUAAAAUUGCGUUUGAUACUAAUGCCUUAAUUCGCUGUGUGAAGGAUAAAAGCUCUGAGAAGGGAUCAAAAAAGGCCAAAGCUUUCUCCUCACUUGAGUCCAACAGUACUGGGCCAGUACCAAAGCUGUAUGUUGGUGGGGGACAGUCAGCACCUUCAUCCAGUCAUGACCCUAAUGUUGUGCAAGCAAGAAUAUUAGCUUGCCGCAUGCUUGGUUAUCUCUCCUGCUUUUUAGUUCAGAAAGCUCCAGGAGUUAUUUACACCCCAGAAAUGGAAUCCCCUAUCGAAUGUUUUUCAAGAGUAAUGCUUGUUCACCUAAAUUCGAAAUCUGCUUUGCAAAGAAUGAUAGCUGGAUUGGUGUUGAUGGAGUGGGGAAAACAUUCUCAUUCUGAAUUGAAUACCGGAGGUCUAGAUGUUACUAAGGAAGAAAUUCCAUGUCCUAAGAAUUUGGGAGACUGUUUGAAUUCGUGUCUGAAUGAAAGCAUAUACUAUGAUGAAAUUGCUCACGCCUAUACAAAACUACUACAUGAUGCCUGGGACUUUGUUGCUCUUCUCAAACACUAUAAACUCUCUGUCCCCGGAUAUGAUGGGACCAAACAGGUUCUUACUCUAGAACAGAUUCAACAACUGGCAGGACAGGUUACAGAAAAACUGCUCUCUCAACAGAAGUUAAAACCUAAAGUAGUUGACACAUUAGAGCAAAGUCGUAAGAAUAUCCAGAAAUCAGUGUCCCAGACCAUACAGGAUCAGUCAAUUUUGCACAUUUCUACUCAAGCUGCAAUUGCAAACUCAGUGGUUCUAUUGAGAUGUCUCCCUGAAAAGUUGCAUCCUCUUUGCAAAUCAAUUAUGGAGUCAAUCAAGAAAGAAGAAAAUGAUAUGCUACAAAUGCUAUCUUCAGAGUGCCUUGCUGUUUUGAUUGAAAUGGCAACCACUCGAACACCAUGCCCAGUUGAAAAGAUAAUUACAAAUCUCUGCAUUUUUCUUCGCUCUGAUCCUGAGUUUACUCCUCAAGUAAAACAGUCUUCAGAUAACAAUCGUGCAAGUAACAGUGGUGCAGAAUGCUCUGGUGGAAAUUCAACGGUUAGCCGAAAAGUGAGCAAUUUUUGUGGUAUUCCAACACUAGUUAAUCAACAAAAAUCAGCAGAAAGGGCUAUUUACCGACGCUCCAAUUCUACUGGAAGAGGCCCGGGUAGACCUCCAAUUCAUGAUCUUCCCCCUGAGGACUUGUUUCCUGUUGAUGAAGAGGCUCAGAAACGCAAUCAGAUCAUGCGGAGAGGUGCUACAUAUGCUUUAAAGUCAAUAACUGCACAUUUUGGCAAUGAUUUGCCAAACAAAUUACCCAAGCUGUGGGAAAUCAUUACAGGUCAAAUAAGACCAAAACCAGAAACUGCUCCCCUAGAUCUAUCUCGAGAUGCAGGUGGUGAUCAAGCUGCCAAGGAGCUUAUUGCUGAUUUACAAGUACUUGAGGUUGUUAGUGAUGUUCUUCAUAGGGACCUGCUUCCUGAGGUGAUGAAUUGCUUGCCUCAACUCUGUCAACUGCUUAUGCACACCUAUUCAGCUGUCCGCCAUAUGGCAGCUCGGUGCAUUGGUGCCCUUGCUGCUCUUGCAUCAGUACCAGUGAUGGAACAAAUAGUUGCUCGAGUUCUGCCCACUCUAGGAGCAGUUCAUAAUGACACCUACCGCCAAGGGGCUAUAGAGGCCAUUAUGUGUGUUAUUGAAAAAUUACAAACUAAUAUUAUACCAUUUGUUGUUAUACUUAUUGUACCUUUGUUAGGGCGUAUGAGUGACCAAGAUCAAUCUGUGCGGCUAUGUGCCACCCACAGUUUUGCCACAUUAAUUCAGCUUAUGCCUUUGGAUGGUGGUGUUCCUGAUCCCCCCGACUUCUCCAAUGAUUUGUCAAAGCACAAGCAAGCUGAAAAACAAUUCCUUGAACAACUUUUUAAUCCUAAAACUAUUGACGAUUUUAAAGUACCGGUUCCCAUUAAUGCCCAGUUGCGUUCAUAUCAGCAGAGUGGUGUGAACUGGCUCGCUUUUCUGAACAAAUACAAAUUGCAUGGUAUUUUGUGUGAUGAUAUGGGGCUUGGCAAGACAUUGCAGUCUAUUUGUAUGCUUGCCAGUGAUCAUUAUAAUCGAGCUGUACAGUACAAGAAAACAGGCAGUUUGGAUUGUGCUCCAUUACAGUCUUUGGUCAUUUGCCCUCCCACAUUAACAGGACACUGGGUUUAUGAAAUUGAAAAAUUUCUGUCAAAAAAAUAUUUAAAUCCUUUGCAGUAUGCUGGUCCCCCACAGGAGAGAGAAAGAUUAAGAAACCAGCUUAAGUCAAGAUCCUACAAUUUAAUUGUUGCCUCAUAUGACAUUGUUCGGAAAGAUAUAGAUUUCUUUAGUACUAUUAAAUGGAAUUAUUGUAUUCUUGAUGAAGGCCAAUACAUAAAGAAUGGCAAGACCAAGGCCUCCAAAGCAAUUAAACAACUGGUGGCAAAUCACAGAUUGAUCUUGUCUGGAACACCUAUACAAAAUAAUGUUUUAGAGUUAUGGUCCUUGUUCGACUUUCUAAUGCCAGGUUUCUUAGGGACAGAGAAACAGUUCAAUGCAAAAUAUAGUCGACCCAUACUUGCAAGUAGAGAAGCCAAAAGUUCCCCUAAAGAACAAGAAGCAGGAGUCUUGGCAAUGGAAGGCCUACAUCGACAGGUACUACCAUUUCUUUUGAGACGAGUGAAAGAAGAUGUCCUACAUGACUUGCCCCCCAAAAUAACUCAAGAUUAUUAUUGUGAAUUGAGUCCAUUGCAGCAAAGAUUAUAUGAAGACUUUGCUCGAACUCAAGCGCAUCAGUCAUUAGCAGAGACAAUUGCCCACACAGAUGUUGCUGCGAAUGCAUUGCAGGCGAAUACUCAUAUAUUCCAGGCUUUACGGUAUCUACAAAAAGUGUGCAACCAUCCGAGACUUGUGUUACUUCCCACUCACCCUGAGUUUGAGAAAAUCUCAGCUGAGCUUCGCUUACAGAAUAGUGACUUGCAAGAUAUACAACAUGCUGCAAAAUUACCUGCUCUGAAGCAACUACUUUUGGACUGUGGAAUUGGUGCUGAACCAUCUUCAACUGCUGCUGGGCAGCCUGGUGAAAUUGCAAUCAAUCAGCAUCGAGCAUUGAUUUUCUGUCAGCUGAAGGUUAUGCUUGAUAUUGUGGAAAAUGAUUUGCUGAAAAAAACAAUGCCUGGGGUUUCAUACCUUCGCUUAGAUGGGACUGUACCAGCCACUCAAAGGCACGCUGUAGUUCAACGUUUCAACAAAGAUCCAUCCAUUGAUGUUUUGCUCCUUACCACACAAGUUGGUGGGUUAGGGCUUAAUCUAACUGGUGCUGACACAGUUAUUUUUGUUGAGCAUGAUUGGAAUCCCAUGAAAGACCUUCAAGCCAUGGAUCGGGCUCACAGAAUUGGACAAAAGAAAGUAGUAAAUGUAUACCGCCUUAUAACGCGGGCCACACUCGAGGAGAAGAUAAUGGGCCUUCAAAAGUUUAAAAUUUUAACUGCAAAUACCAUCAUUAGCAGUGAAAAUGCAAGCAUGGAAACCAUGGGAACUGAACAGCUUCUUGAUCUAUUCUCUUUGGAAAAUGGAAAUAAGAUGUCAAACAGAGCAUCGAGCCAACCUGUUGGCCAUGUCAGCAUUCAUACUAUGCUCAACACACUUCCUGACCUUUGGGAAGAUAAACAGUAUGAAGAGGAAUAUGACAUGAAAACAUUCAUGAAGAGCUUGAAGAAAAACUAAAUCCAUGUUGUGUGUCAAAUUGUAUAUGGUCGGCAGCAGCAGGCUGCUUUAGUCAUGAAGUCAUAUCAUCACUAGAGAUUUGCAACAGUGAUGUCCAAAGACAACCCUUAUUUUGUAUCUUAUUUACUGUUGAUCAUUUUUUUUGAAGAGUAAUAUAAUUUGUAAUCUUACGGUAAUUUAUCUCCUUUCAGUAUUAUGUACAAUUAGCUGUUUAUCUCUUUAGUGACUGUUUCUAGCCAUUCAAAAUUUACUUUAAUUUUUGUGAAUUCAUUGACCAAACAGUGGUUUGAAGGUAAAUCCAAAACUAGCGAGUAAAGGAGUAAAAAAUACUAAUAUUUCAAUUUUGGCAGUAUUUGCACUUUUUCUUUGACCACUGCCUCUUUGUAAUAGCUGUGUUUAUUGGCUUUUUCUUUUAAGUUAAAUGCAUUUGAAUAAAAAUGCAAUUCAUUUGGGACUUAAAAGGUCUAGUUACUACCUCCUGAACACAUAGUGCUAUAGUUCUUUUAGUGUUUUGCACCUAUACAGGCUAAGUGUUAUAAGCUGUGCUUUUUUUCUGGUUACGUAUACUGUACCGCAUGUAGGCGUGCGGGCGGGUUUGCCUACUGACUCUCACCCGGGUAGUGCCUUCUGGCUCCGUGCGAGUAUGCAACCCAUCCGCACGCCUGCAUUCGGUACAGUAUAACCAGUAAAACGUAUAGCUUAGAACACCCCUGCAUGUAAUUUUGUUUUGGCUAACUGAAUAAAUGUGAGUAGCUGGUUGCUAUAUGUUAAUCAGCUCUACAUGAAGUUUCUUUUAAAUUGUUAGGAAGAUACAGUAGUUGUAUCUUAUUUGUCAUUUGGUUCAAGAUCCUGUUCGCAGAUUAGAUUUUAAUGAAGUGUAGUACUUGUUGUGUAUGUAUUACUGUUACAGUACUAUGUACAAUUUACUAUCUACUUGGGUCAUAGCACUACUUGUUAACGUUUUUAAAAAAUCUGAUGAAUAAUGUAAAUAUUUUAGGAUAACUUUAUGCAGAUGGUUUAUUUUUCCCCUGUUUCUACUCAUAUUUAGUAGUGAGACUAAGUUUUCAUGCUGAAAUUUCAUUUUCAGCUUUGAAGUUGUUAAAGAGACAUCCAGUGCAUGUUCCUUUCCUCCUAUAUUUGCUUGUCAUGUACCUAUUUUUGUUCUUAAAGAUCAACAAGCUCUUUUUUUUUCUCAUGUUCAAAUUCAAAGAAAUCUGACAUCAUUCCCUUUUUUUCCUCCUUUAGAAAGUCAGUGUUUUACCCAAUUCAAAAGGCAAUCUCUGUAGUUGGAGAAUAAGUGCAAUUUAUCCUCAUGGUUUUUAUUUGUCAUCUGAAGUCUGUUAAGUCACAAACCAUAUUUUUCAGGGUGUCAGUAAACUAAAUAUUGUUCAUUAUCCUAAAUGAGCUUGAGAAUUGAAGAAAAGAAAUAAUUUUGAUCAAAACCAUCACUGUGAUGCUGGUCUGACUUUUUUCUGAAGUUGAACUAUAGGAAAGUGUGGUUGCUAGUCAAGUAUAAUAUUCUGCGCUGUGCUGUUCCAAAAUCAGAAUGCCAUAAUUGCUUUUACAGAAACCACACUGACAUUGCGGGAUAGGUAAAGAAGUUUGAUUCAUGGUUUUUUAAGUCAUCAUACCUGUGAACCAUGUAUAAAAUGUUAGAAUGAAAUUUAUUUUGUUUUAAGUACAUGGAAAGGCAUUUUAUGUCAAUAGCAUCAGAGCACUAGUCAAUGGUCAUAACUUUAACAAAACCAUGUUGUGAUUCAUACAACUUUAUUAAUAUAUCACCAUCAUUAAAAGUCAUUGCUUUAGAGUAAAUGAGGAUUCCACCUACAGCUUCUGGUCUUAGAAGUGUGUUUGUGUGUGAUUCAGUCUGCUUACGUUAAACUAGACAGGAUCAAUACUUAGGAUUUCUUUAUUUUGCGUUUCACUCAUUUAAAUAUGUAACAAAAUAAUGGAUAUGGGUGUACUAAA